CGAUAACGACACACACACCAACCAAUACCAACCGCACAACAGCAGGCCAUGCGCUGUGCUUGGCGCUGGGCAGUGGCUGCGGUGCAACUUGUAUUGGUGUUGGUGUUGGCGACGUACUUGUGGCGGGAGCACUGGGGCUUGGAUGAUGAGCUUGCCAGGGCCACAGCACUGAAGCAGCACUUCGAUGCGUGGAAGCAGAGCACUCGCGCACGACACACUGCGGACAGCGCCGCUCUGCAGUAUGGCGCGUUGGAUCUGAGUCAGAGCCAAGCUGUUGGGGUCUUGAGAAGCACGCCAGAUUUUCGCGGCAACCAGUGCUCGAACGUUCCAUAUGAUGGAGAGUUGAGAGCGAGUGUGAUUAUUAUUCAACACAACGAGGAGCCAACGACGUUGUUUCGAACAGUGGCCAGCGUCCUCGCACGCACUCCGAUGGCCUUGCUGUCUGACAUUGUUGUCGUUGACGACGCCUCUCAAACAGACUUGAGCAGCCUGUUUGACGGUAUCCACGUUGGCGUGCCCGUGCAGUUUGUUCGCAGCGAUGAGCGCCUCGGUGUUGCACGCGCGCGCAUGCUGGGUGUCAAAGCAUCUGCUGGCGAUGUGCUUGUGUUCCUGGAUGCGCAUGUUGAGGUUGGCCACGGGUGGCUGCCGCCACUGCUGGCACACGUCACGACGCACCCCGCCGACGCCAUAUCCCCUGUACUCGAUGCCAUUGACCCGGCCUCCCUCGCCAUACGCCGCUCCCCAGCCAUGAUCGCCGGCUUUCGCUGGGAUAUGCUCUUCAAGUGGCUGAGCAUACCUGUACAGCACCGCAGUGCUGCUGCUGGUGGUGAUGGUGGUGGUGGUGUCGCAUAUCCAUCGCCCGUGCUGCCGGGUGUCGUUGCCAUUCGAGGAACAACACUUGAGCACCUUGGCGGGUUUGAUCAGGGCCUGACAUACUGGGGCGGCGACAACCUUGAGCUGUCGUUCAAGGUGUGGAUGUGCAGUGGACGGGCGGUGAUCCACCCCUGCUCGCGCGUUGCACACAUGUUCAUGCCGCAGCACCCGUAUUUGUUUCCGGAUGGCGUUGCUGCCAGCUACACCCGCAACAUCCUCCGCAUCGUCGAGGUGUGGCUGGACGAGUACAAGCCCCAGUUCUACGGGCACCGCGCAUCGCACUUCACGGGCGUGGACUUUGGUGACGUCAGCGCACAGAUUGCACUUCGCAGCAGGCUGGGGUGCAAGCCGUUCAGUUGGUAUGUGCAGACGGUGUAUCCACAGCUGCACGUCCCCGAACACCACAACCUGGCGUGGGGCGAGCUGCGGUGCGGCACGGUGUGCCUGGACACGAUGGGCCAUGGAGAUGGGGAGGAAGUGGGCACCUUUGGGUGCCACGGCCUUGGCGGCAACCAGUACUGGGUGCUGACGGCACAGGGGGAGCUGAUGCACGGGGUGCUGUGUCUCGCUGCAACACCAACGGGGGUGUCAUUGGCCAAGUGCGCACUCGACGACAACCCGCCGCCGGCGCAGCAGUGGUCUUACGGUCCAGACAAGAAGCUUGAGAACAAAGGCACGUCGCUGUGCCUGCAUCUGAACCCAAAGGGCGGUGUCCACAUGGUGCCGUGUGCUGCAGCCUCUAUGGUUUGGUCCUUUUCCUUCGCUCUCUAGCUCUCAAGCCAGCUCGCCCCCUCCUCCUCCUCUUGUGUGUAUGUGUGUGUGUGUGUGUGUGUGUGAGUGUGUGUGUGUGUGUGUGUGUGA